AUGAUCGUCGAGGUGGCUAUAGUGGAUGGAAUACAUCAUAUAAGGGCAGCAAUCAGUCCAACUGGAAUGGUAGUCGUUAUGGUGAUAAUAAUAACCGAGGACAAGGCAAGGGUUGGUGGCGAACGUAAUUGGACCGUACAGGGUAAUUAUCGGAAUAAUGGUUACAAUGGGGGAGGAUAUAGAAAUGAUCGCUAUAGUGGAGGCGCUAACUGGAAAGGUGGUCGACAGUCGGGUGGUGGCUAUGGCAAAGGAGGUUAUAAUAAUAGUGGUGGUGGAAAGGGAUAUGGCAGAGAUCGAUACGAUGACUUGAGCUGGGAUGCUGGUAUCGAUUGGGACUAUGAGAAGCUAGCACAGUUCAACAAGGAUUUCUAUGUGCCUCAUCCGACAGUGGAAGGUCGAAGUGAGGGAGAGGUUGAUGAUAUUAGAAGAGCUAAUAGAAUUCAAUUAAUUGAAGCUCACGGGAUGAAGUGCCCCAAGCCCGUGACCACUUUCGAGGAAUCUAAUUUUCCGGAUUAUCUGGUAGGCUCCAUCGGCCGAGGGCGUCCAUCGGCGAUUCAAAUGCAGGGUUGGCCCGUGGCAAGCAGUGGGAGGGAUCUCGUCGGAGUUGCCGAGACGGGUAGUGGGAAGACUCUGGCCUACCUCAUGCCGGCUAUUGUUCACAUCGCCGCCCAACCCGAGGUCGAACAGGGUGAUGGACCGGUGGCCUUGGUCUUGGUACCUACUAGGGAGCUGUCACAACAGGUAGUGGAGGGGGAUGAGGGAGUGAAGAUUGCCUGUGUGUAUGGGGGACAGCCCAAACGGCAACAAGAGAGGGAGCUGUGGACGGCUCCGGAACUGCUGGUUGCGACUCCAGGUCGCUUAAUUGACUUUUUGCAGAAUGGAGCUACUAACCUCAAGCGUGUUACGUAUCUCGUGAUUGACGAGGCUGACGAGAUGCUCGCCUUGGGUUUCGGGAGGCAGCUCGAUUCUAUCUGCUCGGCAAUCCGCCCGGACCGUCAAACUCUCAUGUGGAGCGCCACUUGGCCAAGGGAGAUACAAGAUUUGGCACGCAAGCACUGUCGAGAGAUGCCCGUGCAUAUCAACAUUGGCAGUCAGUCCUUGGCUGCGUGUCACCAAGUGAGGGGGGAGGGGGUGAUAGGGAGGAGUAGAUUAGGUGUCGCUGUAGUCUGGAAUGUGCUGGAGAGUAAUGGAGAGGCGAAAGCGUUGAUUUUCUGCAAUACAAAAAGGGAAGUCGAUCAGCUCACGCAGCUGUUGCGAAGUCAGGGGUAUAAUGCUGUUUGCAUUCACUCUGAUAAGGAGCAGUCUGAGAGGGAAUGGGUAUUCGCACAAUAUAGAGAUGGAGAUGUGCGUUUGUUAGUCGCCACCAAUUUGAUGGGUCGAGGAGUUGAUAUUAAGAAUAUUCAGUUCGUCAUCAACUAUGACAUGCCGCAGAAUGUUGAAGAGUAUGUCCAUCGUAUCGGACGAACCGCCCGUGCGGGAGCACAUGGUACUUCCAUUACUCUGUUCACAGCACAGGAAGGAAGGCAUGCGAAAGAUCUCGUUGAUAUCUUGAACGAAGCUGGGCAGAACAUUCCUGAGUUCCUACUGAUGUUGAAAGACAAUCCGUAG